AUGGUGAUCAUGUCAGCGAGCAGCGGUGCUCAGUCCAGCCCUGCUCAGGGACGUCCACUACAGGUGGGCUUCUAUGAAAUUAUCCGCACGCUGGGAAAAGGAAACUUUGCCGUGGUGAAGCUGGCAAAGCAUAAAGUCACCAAAACACAGGUGGCCAUAAAGAUAAUUGAUAAGACCAGGCUAAAUCCAUCCAAUCUGGAGAAAAUCUACAGAGAGGUGCAGAUAAUGAAGCUGAUGAACCACCCUCAUAUCAUUAAACUGUACCAGGUCAUGGAGACCAAAGACAUGCUGUACAUUGUCACAGAGUAUGCAAAGAACGGAGAGAUGUUCGACCACCUCACCUCAAAUGGUCGGUUGAGUGAAGACGAAGCACGGAAAAAGUUUUGCCAAAUCUUGGCUGCCGUGGACUACUGCCACCAACACCACAUCGUUCACCGGGACCUUAAAACAGAAAACCUGCUUCUGGAUGUCAACAUGAACAUAAAACUAGCAGAUUUUGGCUUCGGUAACUUUUACAACGCAGGGGAGCCUCUGUCAACGUGGUGUGGCAGUCCGCCUUAUGCUGCUCCAGAAGUUUUUGAAGGAAAGGAAUAUGAGGGCCCUGGAUUGGACAUUUGGAGCCUUGGUGUGGUGUUGUACGUUCUUGUCUGCGGUUCUCUCCCGUUUGAUGGACCAAACCUGCCGGCUCUGAGACAGCGGGUGACAGAGGGCCGCUUUAGGAUCCCCUUCUUCAUGUCCCAGGAUUGUGAAAACCUAAUUCGAAAGAUGCUCGUUGUGGAUCCGACCAAAAGAAUCACCGUAGCUCAGAUUAAGCAGCACCGAUGGAUGCUAGCGGACCCCACGGCUGCGCACCAAACCCUCAGCCGCCCUCUGACAGAGUACAACUCAAACCUGGGAGACUACAGCGAACCAGUGCUCAGCAUCAUGAACUCUCUGGGUAUCGAUCGACAGAGGACCGUUGAGUCUCUCCAGAGUAGCAGCUACAAUCACUUCUCCGCUAUCUACUACCUGCUACUGGAACGUGUUCGAGAGCAUCGCAAGCAGCAGCUCAGCCGUCAGUGUGGAACCUGGACCCAGAGACCCAGGAGUAUUUCAGACUCCUCAAGUGCAGAGGUGAUCAUGGAAUCCACAGAUAUCUUCAGAGCUGCUGCGUAUUCCACUCCGUCCAAAUCCAGCCCUACCCCUGUCUACAUUCCCGAAGUGGAGAGUGAACAUGGAGUACUAUUCCAGCGUGUGGUAUUCCCGGUGGAGGCCAGUCUGAAUCGGCUUCUGUGGAAUCGGUCCAUUUCCCCCAACAGCCUCCUGGAGACCAGCAUCAGUGAGGAAGUGCGACCCCGUGACCUGGAGGAGGAGGAGGCGUCUCAGACUCUUGGACCUCUGCUCCUUCCCACCACUACGUCCCGCAGACACACACUGGCGGAGGUCUCCACUGGGUUCAGUCAGUGCAACCCUCCAUGUAUUGUGGUCAGCCCCUCUGAUGGAGCCUCCUCUGACAGCUGUCUGAAGUCCUCAUCUAGCCCCAGUACCAUGGCAUGCGAUGCAGCAGGGGAUCUGUCCGCUCUCUUGGCCUCUGGAACUGAAAAUGGAGCCUUACUGCAGACUGGAGCUCCUCUGGCCCUGUCCGCUCACCUGCUCCCCCAGGCACAGGGUGGUCUUCCCGCCAGCUUCCAAGAGGGUCGACGUGCCUCGGACACUUCUCUUACUCAAGGCCUCAAAGCUUUCCGUCAGCAGCUGAGGAAAAACACACGCACCAAAGGGCUUCUGGGAUUAAACAAGAUCAAGGGUCUGACCAGACAAGCCGUUCCCCCACCUUCCUGUAACCGCUGCAGUAGGGGGUCACUGGGGCCAGCGCUGUCCGAGCACCGCAGCAUGUUGGAGGAAGUGUUGCACCAGCAGAGAAUGCUCCAGAUCCAGCACCAACCUCAUUCUCAGGUCCCUGCAGCGCCGACUGGACCUACCCAGAAUCCACUACUGUAUCUGUCGGCGCAGCAGCAGUCUCCGUCCCCUCCUCCGUCAAACCUCUUUUCCACACCGUCCAUGUUCGAGGCCCCCUCUGUGCUGCCAGCCCAGGGCGUGCACUGGUCACCUGCUGCGGACUCCUGCCCCGCCCCCUACUCCUCUAUGUCCCCUGUGGCUUCUGCUGCUUAUCUCCUGGAGGCCCGUCUGCACAUCAGCCCGCAACCUCCUCUGCACCUCCAGCCUCAAGAGUCCUUCAUAUCCACCUCACACUUCUUUCCCCUUCACUCCAAACCAGCCAUGUGGGUGACAUCAAUAAAUGAGGACCCCAAUGUGCAAGACCUGGGCAGGGCAGGACAGUCCCAGUUCAGCAGUUGUGUCAUGGUGAAGUAA